AUGGAGUUGCCAGCUGCCAGCGACAGUGUACAUCUGGCUGCAUACAGACCCAGCGUUCCUCCAUCAGCAUCCAGUGGUAACAAAACACCCGAAGGGUUUAAUGAGUCUGGUUACUAUCAGUGUUACGGUGAUGGGAGCACUGUAACAUCCCGUGGAUCUGAUACCCUAACUGGCUACGAAACUCUGGACACCCUGCCACACUAUGACUUCUACGCCAACACAGAGAUGAUGGGCCGUCAGAGACGUUUCAGACCAUCUCUGUACCAGCUGUACGCCAAUCCUGAGGAUUACUCCAGACCUCCCAUGUAUGAGGAGACAGCAGGUGAACAGAUGGAAGGAGGAGACAGCUAUGAAGAACACAAGGAUGAGCAAAAGGAGCCACCGCCUGAGCCUACUCGCUUUGGCUGGGUACAGGGAGUGAUGGUCCGUUGUAUGUUAAAUAUCUGGGGGGUUAUCUUGUACCUAAGGCUGCCUUGGAUUACUGCUCAAGCUGGUAUAGGUUUGACCUGGGUGAUUAUCCUGCUAUCCUCUUUUAUAACUGGGAUCACUGGUCUCUCUACUUCAGCCAUUGCUACCAAUGGCAAAAUCAGAGGAGGUGGGACCUACUUCCUGAUCAGUCGUAGCCUUGGUCCAGAGCUGGGUGGAUCCAUUGGUCUGAUCUUUGCCUUUGCCAAUGCUGCGGCUGUGGCCAUGCACACGGUGGGCUUUGCUGAGACUGUUACAGACCUCAUACAUGAAAACGGAGCUGUCAUGGUAGACCACACCAAUGACAUUCGCAUCAUCGGCAUUAUCACUGUCACAUGUCUACUAGGUAUCUCAAUGGCUGGAAUGGCGUGGGAAUCCAAGGCCCAGAUUCUGUUCUUCCUGGUCAUCAUGUUGUCAUUUGCCAGUUACAUUGUUGGAACAAUCAUCCCUGCUUCACCACAGAAACAAGCCAAGGGUUUUUUUAGCUACAAAGCGGAUAUCUUUGCUGCCAAUUUUUUGCCCAGCUGGCGGGGGACAGAAGGCAGCUUCUUUGGCAUGUUCUCCAUUUUUUUCCCCUCAGCCACAGGCAUCCUUGCAGGAGCUAACAUCUCUGGAGAUCUGAAGAAUCCUACAGUGGCCAUCCCCCGAGGAACACUGAUGGCUAUAUCCUGGACGACCGUCUCCUACCUCAUCAUCUCUGCUACCAUUGGAUCCUGUGUAGUACGGGAUGCAUCCGGGGUUUUAAAUAACACCCUGUCGUCCUCCUCAUCUAGUGAGGAUUGUGUUGGUUUAGCUUGUCAAUAUGGAUGGGACUUCAGCAAGUGUAUCAACAAUAGCACAUGCAUCUACGGCAUCAGCAACUACUAUCAGUCGAUGAGCAUGGUGUCAGCCUUUACCCCUCUCAUCACUGCUGGUAUAUUUGGAGCAACUCUAUCUUCUGCUUUGGCCUGCCUUGUGUCUGCUCCCAAAGUCUUCCAGUGUCUGUGUAAGGACAAACUCUAUCCUCUCAUUGACUUCUUUGGCAAAGGUUAUGGUAAGAAUGAUGAACCACUCAGAGGCUACCUCCUGACGUACGUCAUUGCUGCCUGCUUCAUUCUCAUUGCUGAGUUGAACACCAUCGCUCCCAUCAUCUCCAACUUCUUUCUGUGCUCGUACUCUCUCAUCAACUUCAGCUGCUUCCACGCCUCAAUCACCAACUCACCAGGUAGAAAGCUCAGAGAUGACGCUGGUCCCUCCCCGAAAGCAGUGGAGAAAGCAAGCAGUGAUAGUCAUGUUACUUGGUUGAACCAACGGAAGGUCAAGUCAUUCUACAGAGGAGUGGUGGCUACAGAGCUACGAUCAGGAGUUAACAUGCUGCUACAGGGUGCAGGAUUGGGUCGUAUCAAGCCAAAUGUUCUGCUGACAGGUUUCAAGAAGGACUGGCAUAGUGACACACCUCAGGCUUCACAUAAAUACAUAGGAAUACUGCAUGAUGCAUUCGACCUACGGUACGGUGUUUGCGUGCUGAGGAUGAGGGAGGGACUGGAUGUCUCUCAUCCAUCUAAGUCACACAUCAAUCUAGGCUUUGAUGGAGGACCAGAGGGUAUAAACACCAGCAAUACAUCUUCUGUCUCUACUGAUCCAGAGCCUCAGCCUAGUACAGUGUUUCAGAAAAAACAAGGAAAGAAGACCAUUGACGUAUACUGGCUGUCUGAUGAUGGAGGUCUGACCCUGCUUUUGCCUUACCUGCUGACUCGCAGGAAGCGCUGGGCCAAAUGUAAAGUCCGAGUAUUUGUGGGAGGAGAAACAGACAAGAAAGAAAAACAGAGAGAGGAGGUAUUGGCCCUGAUCAAGAAGUUCCGUCUUGGUUUCCAUGAUGUUGAAGUGCUUCCUGAGAUCUACCAGAAUCCUCAGCCUCGGAAUGUUCAUCAGUUUGAGAACAUGGUGGGUCACUUCAGGCUCGAUAAAAACCCCCAACAGGACUCUGAGCCUGGGCCACCAAGACAGCAGGAAGAGCCCUGGAUGAUCACUGACCAGGAUUUAGAGAGGAACAAGGCCAAGUCUCUCCGUCAGAUCCGUCUAAAUGAGGUUCUGCAGGACUACUCCAGAGAAGCUGCUCUGAUUGUUAUCACCAUGCCAGUGGGGAGGAGAGGAGUGUGUCCCAGUACUCUUUUCCUUGCGUGGCUGGACUUUUUGUCAAGUAAUCUGAGGCCCCCAGUUCUAUUGGUCCGAGGAAACCAAGAAAACGUUCUCACCUUCUACUGCUAAUGAAACAUCAACAUGAGUCUAACGCACAUAUAAUUAAGAAAAUAAUUAUCCUGAGAUUUUUCUUCUCAAUCUUGAGUUACACACAGCAGUGCCUUGAUGACUGUUAAUGAUGAUCUAAUCCUGUAAUGAAUGAGUGAUUCUUGUCAAUAUUAUGUUGUUGUACUUUAAUUGAAAAUCUUGAUGAUAUACAUAUUUUAUAAGUACUGAAAAAGUGAAUAAUUCUUGGAAACAUAUUCAAAAUUGAAUCCAUUACUGACUGUAAAGACAGUAAUUUAUAAAAAUGAUUGUAAUAUCAUCCAAUUAUAUGCAC